GUGCCCUCACCUAAUAGGUGGUAGCCAAGAACCCAGGAGAAAAUGGGGAGAAAGCAACGAGACACUGGAAAGGGAUUUCAAUUUGCAGCAAACUAAUUACCUCUCAUCAGCAAGAAGACUGGAUGAAAAGAAGAGGCAAUAUGUGAAAAAUUUCCCAAUAAGUCGAGGAAACGUGCAGAACGGACGGGAACCGCCGAAAUUACGCUUUUGCAGUGGAAAACCAAAACAUGGAAGAAGGAAAAAAACAAAAAAAAGACUAUAACCACAGGCUUUCACCCUCCCCCGGACCGCACGAAAAGAGGAUUGAAGCCAAGGAGAGAAACGAAGCAAGUCUCAGUCGACUGCCGUCCAUCGUCGCGACCGCACGUUUCUGCCCAGCACAGAACCACUUGCUGUUCCACGUCUUUUACUGGUGGAUCCUCUCACUCUACCUACGACCUGAGUUUCGAUUGGGGUUGGGGGUGAAUCAAAACAGCACAAAAUCAACGGCAACGACUAAAAUUAAAAGUGUUUUUCUUGCGUGAAAGAAAAUAAAAAUCCAUUUCGAGGAGAAGGGGUGCCAUGUUCUGGACACCAGCUGAUCAUCACCAGCGACAAUCCUAAAACAUUUCAAGAAACGACGAGAUUAUUCUUCAAAAAGGAAUUGUUUUACUCUUAAUCACCAGAGCAAAAGAAAAGAAUUCACUUGACGAGGAUUGGGAUUUCCCAAACCACACAGCCCAAACUCUUUCAUCAACCAGUCCAAUCACCAUGGAUGCUGUCGAUAUCGACACGAUCGACGAUGAGGAUGUCCUCAAACAAAUGUGGCAAGUGACGGAGGAUUUCGCCGAAAAGAGACGCAUCCGCGCUCGCAUGUACAAGUUGCGCGAAAAACGCCUCAAGGAUUUCUACACGUCGGACGAUGUGAUGACGGCUGGCAGCCCCUCGGCCGCUUCGCUUCCGUCGCAAUCGGCCACCUCGUCCUACAAUUACUCGACCAGUAGCGCCACCACCGAAACCAUCACCACCUCCUCCUCGUUGUCUGCCAUGGAAACGGACGAGGCGGACGGAGUCAACGGGCAAAGUCGACAAGUCGAUCAGAAGCGACGCAACGACGCCAACCAGGAAGAAGACGCCGUCAGUGAAAAGAUUCGCCGCAAGAGCAGCGUCCGCACCAAACGCUAUCAAAUGAUUUUGGCCGCGUCCGGCGGAACGCAAGAGUCCAGCCAGACGUCGACGACUAGCAGCAGCAGCAGCAGCAGAAUGGAAACGAGCGAACGGGCCAUGUCACCCGACUCGCUUUCUGGAAGUCAACUGAUUAUGGCGGACGGGCCGGGCCAGAAGAGCCUCAACAUCCGGCCGGAAGAAUCGAAUGUUUCCGUCUCAUCGGAUUCCUCUUACCAGGAAUUGAAGUCGUCAUCGCGUCGUCGUGAGUUCCAAGAAGGCGACAUUUUGACCAUCCAACAAGUGACGGAGACGUGGAGGCGCAUCCGCGAGUCCGGCCAAUCGGCGGCCGUGACUCAACGCGUCACGCUGACGAAGACCACCCGCCAGAGGGUCUCUGACGGGGCCGUUUUGGAGGAGAACGAAGACGAGGUCAUCGACGACAUCGACGAUGAAAAUCGAGGCGACUUUAGCGGAUCGGACGGAAUCACGGCCGUCGACGCGGCUUUGAGGAGGUCGUCCAUCAUCGCCAUAACAAGCACGGACGGCGCCGAGGAAAACGUUUCCGUGUCUAAAAAGAAGUUUGAAACGGGCGACGUUGUCAUCGACGACGCCCUUUCCGAGCCGGACUCGCUCGACAAUUUGGAGAACAACCUGCCGGAGCCGGACGGUGUGGACAAUCACAGCCAAGCGGACAGUUUGGAAAUGACGCAAACGACGUUUACGUCGAUGACGACGCAGCAUCAUCAGUCCCACAGUCUCGUUUGCCUGGAUUCCGACGUUUCCAAUCAUUCGGCCGCUGAAGCCGCUGGAACAGCUGCAAUCGCUGCAGUAAAUAUCGAGGAACAAGUGGAGCAACUGAUCGUCCCCACCACCGAAUCGAAACCAGUUGCCCGAUCGAGCAGCAGCAGCGCCACGAGAUCGAAACGGACGCCGUCUGAAUCGCCGUCGCGUGGCGCCACCUCUGCCUCGCCGGCCAACAAGAAACGCGCCGAUUCAGCCGAACUGCGCAAAAGUACGGCCGCGUCUUCUUCCAGCGGGUCGGGCAGCCGCACGGGAUUGGGCGGAAUCAAUCGCAGCGCCAGCGGGUCUUCCACUAGCGCUGGCAACACGACCAAAUCGAGCAGCAAAACAACUGCGACGGUAACGGCCAGCCUGAAAGGCAGCAGCAGCAUCCCGCGUCUCACCAGCACGCCCAUCUCGGCCCAGAAAGGCAAAAAGACGGGCGCCACUGCAAGCGAAGCGGCGGUCCAGGACGAUUCAGUCACCGAAUUCCUGCAGCUGGAGAAGGAAAUCCAAGGCGAGAAGGUGGUCAAUGAAGAAGCCAAAACGACCGCAGGGAAGCGGCCCGUCAACGCGUCCGGCACCCAUAGACCGACGACUCCAGUGACGAGCCGCAAAGCCGCGGCCGAUCCAGCGUCGACGAGAUCGACUGCGACAUCGAGCCCUCGCGUCCAGCCGUCGUCUUCCUUCUCGUCUGCGGAUAAGAAAGUGGCAACGAAGAAAACGGAAACAACGACGACGAGCGUCAGCAGAUCGUCUUCGUCGGCCGCGUCGGUGAGGAAAGAAUUGGCCAGUCCGUCGUCGAGUAAGCCGACGACGGUGCUCGGCCGGCCGGCCAUGAUCCGCACGGUGGAGACGACCAGGACGAUCACGGUGCGCGAUCGCGACGAGGAUAAGCCGUGGAGGAUGAACUCGAGCAGCAGUUCGAGCACCAGAUCGAACAAAGGCGUUUCGGGCAUCGGCCGUCCGGCCCGCAAGGACCUGCACAACAACGUCAUGAGCGUCGUCGAGAAAUAUGUCGAUUCUGAAGGUUGCGCUCUGCAUGGAUCGCAUCCGCACAUCCAUGACGACGUUGAAGACGUUGAAGACGUUGAAGAUGUUGGUCACGGUCAUUCACCAUCUCCUCCCCCUGCUACUGGUGCUGCUACUGCUACUGCAACAGCUACACCAACUGCAACUGCAACUCAAGUGGUUGAGAAACCGGUCCAGGAGGCAAAGACCAGUGACGAAGGAGAAGAAAACGAACCAGUGGCGCCGCAGACGAACGGUGUGGCAGAAGAGGAUGGGCCGGCGCCAGCUGUCGAGGAGCCGUGCACGGAACAAGUUGUGGCCGAAAGUGCUCGUCGAGAAGAGAACAUGGAACGGCCGAAAAAGUUGUCGGUCAUCACCACGGGUUCGUUGGCGCCGACGGACGGAGGCGCGGAAUCGGCCACGUCGCCGUUGAACAAGAGCGGAAGUCGAUUGUCGGUGGCCAGUCCGGUGCUGGGCAGUCCGUCGGUCGUCAAGAAAGCGCGUUCUCUCUUCCGUUCCGAUUCGAUGGAAGGGCCGGCUGUCGAGUCUGCCAAAGCGGAAGCGGCUCCUCCGCCAGCGGUGCCCACUGGCGGCACGGCCAACAUUUCCAAAAUCCGGUCGUCGUUUGAGAACGCCACGACGACAGCCACGUCGACCAUCAAGCGUGAAAACACGAAACUGUGGGAACCGGCGGCCAACAACCCCCGCAUCCACAAACUCGAACCGCGUCCGCCCAGCGUCGUCGCCGUCGUCAGAGAUGGCCAGCCCGAUUCGUGGAAAUCGCCCGUUCCCAGCCGCAGCAGCUCGGCCGGUUUGUUCACCAAAUCGCGUUCACCAUCGCCGAUCAAGGAUGUCGUGGCCGUGGCGACGGUAGCGCCACCUGGACGCCAAACGACGCCAACGCCUCAGGAAUCUGCUGCACCGCACCGGCGUGAAGGCCAAGUCAUUGAAGACAUUGAAGAUUUGACUUUAUUGGAGAACAUGUUGAACACGGCCACCAAUUACGACGACAGGAGUCGCAUCCGCGCUCACAUGCGCAUCGUCAAGAAGAAACUGGGCCUGGCCGUCUCUUCGCCCAUGCCGACGCGCAAAGCAGCAGCGCCGGCCCCCAAGACGUCCUUCUCUGAACCAGCGGCCAACCGCAACAAGUUGGCCGACGUCAAGAGGAAACCGUCCGAAUCGGCAGCUGAAGCCAAGAACGAACCGGUUCAUCAAAUGAGGACGCCGGCAGCAGUCGAACCGGUGCCAGUCGAACCGGUUUCAGCCGAACCAGUGCCAGCCGAGAGAGCAGCAGCAGCAGCGGAGCUUGCGGUAACGGUCCAGCGAGAUGAGGUGGCCGUGGUGGAAGAAAUGCAAAUGAGUUCGGUCUCGACCACAUCAAUGAUGAUGACGACGAUGACGUCGGAGACGAGCGAGUCGAGCAGCCGCAAGUCGUCGAUGACUCAGCAAGAGCAGACGCAGCAGACGAAAGUGCGCAAAAUCAGCCAACCGUACGACUGCCGGUCGGAGACGAAAGAGUUCGUGCCCCGCGUGGCCGAAGAGCAGCAGACGGUGACGGUGGCUGGACAGGUGAACGGCGACGGUGGCGCCACUCCAGUGUCGUCGUCCGAUCAAGAAGGGUCGUCGGAGACGAGCAGUCCGCGCAUGAGCCGAGCCCCGUGGCGUCGCCAAUCGUCGGAGGCCAACAUGGUCAAGACGCCGACUCAUUUGCCCGAACCGGAAUCCAAUCCGGAGACGCUGGACAUCACGUCCAGUUACGGAACGGGACCCAUGGAUGAAAAUGGACGUCCGCUUUUCGGGUUGGGCGCCCUCCGCCGCCGCCCGACCAAGCCCUUGAACAUCACCGGCGCUGAUGAAGGGCAGCAGAGUCCACAGCCGAUCAUCAUCGAACGGUCGCAAACGUUGACCGAAUUGCAGAAACUGCACGAAUCGCAAACUGUCCAAUCGAAAGGCGAGUUGGAGCCGGUAGAGAAGCCGCGCGCCAAAUUGCGCGACACUUUCACCAACUGGACGGACACGGAGGCGGACGGCGAUCGCGCCGAGCCCAUCAUUAGCGAGCGCAGUCAAGCCCUGAGGGAGAUAAUCCGCAUUCACGAGCAGCAGGUGUCGAGCGCCGAGGCGACGACCGUCGAAGCGCCGCCGCCCUCGCCCACCCGCCCCAAAGCCAAACUGAAGGAUUCGUUUGUGGCGCCGAGCCCCGACUGCGCCGACGAGCCCGACCCGUCGUCGUCCGCCAUCGAGCAGAUGAUUGAGCGCUCCGAGUCGUUCCAGACGAUCGUCAAGCGUCACCAAGAGUUGUCGACGUCGCAGACGCCCACCGGCCCGCAGGCGUCGCCUCCCAUGAAGCGGCCCGGCAUUUUGAAGAAGCCCAAGGACUGGUCGUCUCCGUCGCCGCAAGAGGUCCCCUCUCCCGUCAAAGACGACCAAGCGAUGACGUCGACGUCGACGUCUUGCUCGUUGUUGACUUCGUCCUCGCGCAAGACGUCGGUCGAGGUGUCGUCGGCCGCGACGCUGGACUCUGGUGGGGCGCGCAAAGCCAGCGUCGAGUCGAGCAUCGAGAUCCAACUGAAUCCGGUGCAGAGCUCGUCGAUCGUGGUGACGGAAAUUCCGGCUCCCGCUCUGAUGGAGCGCCGCAGCAGCGGAGCGGCGCCCACUUACAGCACGGUCCAGUACAACAGCGUCCAGGACGUGAAGAUGGACAACCGGCGCGGAUCGACGCACCAACAAUAUCAGCAGCAGCAGCCUCGCAAGUUCUCCAUCGAAGUGGAGCCUUCGCCGACGAUGCACACGUCGAGCGUGACGCUCUCCACGGCGUCGACGGCGUCCAAGGCGCCAGCGCCAGCGCCGAUGAGCAGCCGGGCCGUGCCCGCCGUGGCAUCUGCGCCUUUCGUUUUGUCAGGAGAGACGGCGGGACAUUCCGUCCGCUCCACGUCGACAUUCCAACUGUCUACUUCCGGUCGAAACAGUUCCGUUGUCACGUCUCCGAUAAUGGCAGCGUCGGUUGCCGCAGUGGCUGCACCCGUUCCAACUGGAGACGAUCCGACGCCGUGGCGCAGAAAGUCCAUUCCGAGAGAACCGUCCAUUCCCCGAGACGCUGCUGCUGUGACGUCGACGGCCACUUUUAUUCCAGCUCCAGCCCCAGCUCCAGUUCCAGUUCAGGUGGCCGAGAUUCCGUUGGCACAGCCGCACCAGUCUGUGCCUACGCGAGUCAGCACGGCCAAAAUGUCCAUGCAAGAAACGCUCCCACCAGCUGCAGUUCCAGCUCCAGUUUCGACCUUUGUCAGCUCUUCGCCGCUGACUGUCCGUUCCAAUCGCAUCUCUUCGUCUUCCGUCAGCGGCACCGAGACUUCCAAUUUCCAACGGCACGGCAGCAUCAAUCAGCGCUACCGUCCCAGCCAACCGGAGAACAAUGCGCCGUACGGCUCGGGCGGAGUCAAGCCUUCGCCGGAGCCUCGCGUCAAAACGCUGGCGGCGACGGGCGCGUCGGUGCGCGCCCUGGCGCAAAAAUUCCUGGUGACGGGCGAAGAAAAGAGUCAAGCGCAAGUGAGCAAAUCGUCGGCUUACCCCAAGGCCGGACUCAUUUACCGGUCCAAUAGUUUCCGCUCUCAAAACAAUGCGGACGGCGCUGGUGGAUCCAUUGGCCUGGUCCGCUCUGAAUCGCUUCGCAUCUCACCUGCCCGGAGCCGAGUGUCGAUGGACCGGCAAAGCCAAGAGCGCAACGUGGAUGAGCCGUUUAGCGCCUUGUCUAUGACGCGGAGGGAGAGCAACACGUUGAUGUCGAGCAGCGAACGACGCACUUCUUCAUCUUACAAUCAGUCGACGUCGUCGUCGUUGGUUGUCAAUGGCGGUCAUGACGAGCCGUUGAUGGUGGCGACGCCUGCCGACUCUUUGGCUUCGUCGGCCACGUUCACCACCACCGCCACCACGUCCAAGUCUUUUCUGCAGGAUCGCACGCCAGUCAGAGGGAUGCAGGACAUCAUUGGACGCAUGCGCGCAACCGACGCCGGGUCGGCAGUUGGCAGCAGCGAGGACGAACGGUCGCUGUCUCUGCUCAACAAACUGAUUGGAGCGCAGAUUUUGGUGCAGUGCACGGAACAGGCGGCCACGUCGGCCGGUGUCGCUGGCGGCCAACCGUCGAGACCCGAAGCGUCGCUCCAAUCGUUCAGCUCUUGCACCGAACAGCGAAGCGCCGAUGGAACGAGAUUGAGCCGGACGUCGACCCAGCAACGAACGGGAUCCUCUUUCGAAUCGGGACAAGACGAAGACAGCGGCGCAUCGUGGACCCGUCGUUCUUCCUCGACGGCCAAAUUCCAAACGACCAGCACCGUCCACCAGCCGCAGCAAUUCAACAUCACUGCCACCAUCUCCGAUGAUCACAUCGGAAACGGCGCAGGAGGAAUCGGAAUAGGCACAGGAAUGGCGCAAACUUCUAUUCCGGGCGUAGCUGCUGCUGCUGCUGUUGCUGGAAGCCGGGCGGGUUGCGUGAUUGACGGCAUCGACAUCAACACGUGCACCGACGAUUUCAAGCUCAACGAACUGCUGGAUAAUUGCAACGAUUACGAGACGAGACGCCAAAUCCGCGCCCGCAUCAAGACUUUGCUCAGCGACGUCAAAGUCCACGAUGGCGACUCUUCUUCUUCUUCCCACUCUUCUUCCCACUCUUCCUCUUCUUCUUCUUCUUCUUCUUCUUCUCAUUGCACUGCAAAUUCGUCCAAUGUUUCAUCGGCUGCGCUAUCGGCCGCACCAUCGGCCGCCCACAGUGACGUCAUGGACUGGGUCCGUCGACAAGCGCAAACACACGGAUCGACGACUUCCAACGAAAAUCAUCAAGCACAAGCUGCUCUCGCUGUUGAUGCUCCACCAAUGAAUGAAUUACCUGUCCAUCAUCCGGCGGCCAUUCAAUCGCAAGAAAGCGGCGAACUGUUCGAUUCUGGAACGGAAUCCGGCGAAGAUUCGACGACGCAGUCCAAUCACAGCCAGUCGGAUUUGAAUAGUUUCAUGGCCAAUUUAGCCAAAUUGUCGCUGGAACAACAGCAGCUGCCGCAGACUUGUGUUGCAUCCUCGUCGGCGUCGGCGUCGACGCCAUCCAACGGGCCGGCCGCUGGCGAUUUCCUGCGGCAGGUGGACAGCGUUUUGGACCGACUGAAAACGUCGCUGCAACCCGACGACUUGGCCGAGUUGAACGUCGGUCCGUCCACCGACCACCAAGAGGUUCUCCACCAGCACAUGGCCUCUGGCGGAUUGGACAAGCAGUGGAGGAUCCAUCCGCAGCAGCAAACGGAAUUGAUUGGCCUCAUUGACCGAUUGAAAACGUCUCUGCAUCACCUACAAUCGAGCGACCCGACGCCCGCCCCAAGCUCAUCUGCUUCCGCUUGUUUAUCUCCUUCCGGUACUCUUGCUCCACCGGUUGCCAGCACCGGUUGUACAGUUGCUGCAACGUCACUUCCAACCUCGGCUGCGACAGCGACGACGAUGACGAUGAUCGUGAAACCAGCGGAUGGAAACGGGAAAAUCAAUCCCGAUUCAAAUGACGUCGAGAAAAGGACCAAUCAAAUGUCGGGAACGACAAACACGAUGGUGACGGUGGCCAGUCCAGCCGGUUCCGCUGCGUCGCUGUCCGGCAUCACGUGCGUCAAAUUGCGGGCAAAGACGUUCGCCGCGCCGCCAGCGGAGCGGCCGCUUUCUCGUCCCAACUCGUUCCUGUUGAGCGUGUCGUCGAAGGAGGCGACGACGACGACGGCAUCGUGCGAGCAUCGACAUCACCAGCCGAAUCGGCUGUCGUGGCGCUCCAGUUCGGAGCCCAACACGCCCGUGACGAGUCCCAGUCCGACGCCGACUCCCAGUCCGCUGCCUCCGCCCAAAGUUCACUGGCGAUCGCCCAUGGAUUUCCUGGCGCACAGCACGACCACCACCACUCCGGCGUCGAGCCUCCGCCCCGUCUGGUGUCGCUAUCCCUCCUCUUCCGCCAGCGGCAAUUCAGCGACGGCGGCAACGACAGUGACGCCAGCGCAAGCCAAGAUCAAAGUGUUGGAGAAAUCUGGCAUUCGAGGCCGAUUUGUGCAGCCCGAAUUGAACCCGGCUCCCGUCGUGACGCCGAAAACUCCAGCGUCCGCCGUCCGCUUGCCUUCCUUUUCCUUAAACAAAGUGCAGACGACUGGAUCGCCGCCGUCGGCCUCUCGCCAACACUCUCGACCUCAAACGCCGCAAACGCCGCCUGUGACUACGCCUGUGACUACGCCUGUGACUACGCCAGUGACGCUGGAACAACGGCCUAUGACGAGCCAACAAGAUCCGCUACGUCCAGUCCAACAGAAGGCGCAACGUGUGGCUCAGCAUCACGAGCGUCACGCUGAAAAGAAACAGGAACCGGAACGACCGGUUAGGCAAGAAGAGCAGCCGCAAGAAGAGCAGCCGCAAGAAGAGCAGCCGCAAGAAGCCCAAACAGAAGCCGAGGACACAAGUCGAAGCGUCGGCCGCAAUAAGAGCAGCUCGCACGGACCUUCCAGCGUCCCUUGGAAGGUCAAGUUGGCCAAAAAGAAAGCGGAAAGGUCGCAGACGUCGGCCGCCAUGGAUGGCCAAGUCAGCGUCGAUUUGCGCAAAUCGAUUCGCCUGGCGGCGGCGACGCGCAAGUCGAUGGAAGACGUGCGCCAAAGUGUGGCGCCGUCGCAACCCAACGCCGCAGCGGCCUCGUUCAAAUUGACGUCGCCAUCGGCUGGCGCCUAUCCCCUUUUGAAGCAGAAAUCGAUGGGCGAGUUGUACGCGCCCAGGUUGCCGAAACCGUUCCAGCGAAGCGAGAGCGUCGGUGCGGCCGCCUCGAUGACGGUCACGCCGCUCAACACGCCGCUCGGCACGCCCGAAGCCAAGUCGAGUUUGCUCAAGAAAUUCAACUGGAACAGCAGCCGCAGUUCGUCGGUGGAUCGAGCCGCUUCCGAUUUGUCCUCGGCGCCUCAGACUCCGCUCUCUCCGGAUCUUCCCUCGCCCGUCGUCAUGGCCGCCGGCCUCAAACCGAGCAAGUCCGGCCACAGUUGGGUCCUCUCCAUGAAGACGGCGCACGCCCCAGUUGCUUUUAAAGCUGCCGUGCCAACUCCCCCUGCUGACACUGAGGUUGAAGAGCCAAAUGCGGAAGUUGAAGAAGCCGAAAAGAAGGAAAUGAUUAAGAAGCGCCAUGAUAAAGUGGCCAAUCAAAAGGAAAUGGUUGAAAGCCACCGAGAUGAGGAAAGUGAGCAAGAAGAAGGAGACGAAGUUGUGACGGUGGGCGUUUUGAACUUGGGCUCGAAAGACGAAGCGGCCAAAGUGGCCGAACCGGUCCAACUGGUGGAUGUCCAACGACAGUCGAGCACCGACUUGAAAGCCGAUCCGUCGGCCGGAUUGUUUACACCGGCCGAGACGCUGCAAAUAGCCAUCCACAAGGCGGCCAUUAAGGCGUCGCUGAGUCGCCAAAUGUCGGAGCGCAACGUGGGCGAACCUUCGUCUCCGCUUUUGAUGCCCGAAUCGCCAGUGGACAAAACGGCCAAAGUCAAUGCAGCCGAAGCCAAAUCGAAAACGACUGCGGUGGUGGAGGCGACCAAAGGCCACAGCCAUCCGUUACUCAUUCGGGCCACCACUUCGCCCAAACUGACUGCGCCUUCUUCGCUUUCCAGCCUCAAACCUGUGGCCGUCGUUCCGCCUGCCCAGUCUAGCCCAGUCUACCCAGUUGCAAGUAAAGAAGAAGCUAAUGCGCUGCCGGCCCCGAUCGAUUCGAACGACAACACAAAGUCGCCAGCAGUGAAAUCAGCGCCUCAAGCGGACGAAAGCAGGACGGCCGAGGCGGAUGUGACAAAUGCCGCGAUGCACAGCGAGUUGCAAAAGGCGCAGGAGCAGUACAUCAAAACGGCCAUGGCACCCAUGCCAACCUGGAAGGAGAGGGCCCGUCGUAGCAACACGGUGGCCUUUUCGCCCGGCUGCGGGUCGUCGUGGAGGCCCGUCCAAGCUCCCAGCCGGCUGACCAUCAAGACGGAAAACGACCGCAAAUUUCAGAGCCUCUUCCAGAAGAACGCGGAGCCUUCAACUGGAGGCUUCCAGGCGCGUCCGCUGCCGUCGGAUCCUUCGGCCGGCGGCAUGUGGACCAACAAGUUUGCCAACAUCCGCUCGUCGUUCGAGUCGCGUCCCAAUUCGACGUCGACGACGCCGACGCAGAGUCGCAGCCGCAGGUCCAGCGCCGACGACAAUCAAUGCGUGGCCGUCACUUCGGCCCACAUUCAAUUCCAGGUGAAGCCGCAAUUGCAGAAAGCGGCCGCCCCACCGUCGCCGACGAUUCCCCCCGCAAAGGCCAACCACCGGCCGGACGUGAAACUGGAGCCGGAGACGGAGACGGAGCCAAAGCCAAAGCCAAAGCCGCAGGCGUCACCGACGCCACCGACGCUGAAACUCGAAACAGAAGUGAUGAAGAGCCCCGUCAGAGUGAGGAAGCCGGAAGAGCCGAAACGGGCCAUUGCGACGGUUGCCGUUGUUCCAAAAGUCGAGCCGCUCCAUCUUAGCAGCCGCACGAACGGAUCCAUCCGUAGCUCGUCGGUUGGUGGAACGUCGGUCGGUGGAACGUCAACCCGUCAGCCAUCGCCUCUGGUGACGCCCAAACGGCCGGAAGAGAAGAAAGAUGCUGCCCUCCAGCGCCUUCGGAUGACGGUUGAACCUUGUGUCGCACCGACUGCGGCGUCCGCUCAUCACGGCCAGCCGGGAAAGAUGAGCUCGGCCAGGACGGCCAUUAUUGAUGGCGGUGGCGGCGGCGGCGGCGCAUCAUCCGCAACAGCCGCCACGUUAAUCAAGAGUUCGAGCGGCCGCCGCUUGCGCAACGAGCGCUCGUGUUCCUCGGUUCGCACUCAGUCGAGUCUGCGCAGCGAUUCGAAAGAGGAGGACGACGACGUGGAAGCGGAUCAAGAAGGAGACGACGAGGCUUCGUCUUCGUCCAGCUCGUCAGACGAAGCGGACGAAGUGGAUGAUGGGGGUGAUGGCGUCGUUGUGCCGUCGGUCAAAGUCCAACCGCCCACGCCGGCCUCCACGUCCAACAUUUCCGGCCUCAAGAAUUUGACGAAAAUCCUUCAAAAGUUUUCCGUUGCAGACGAUGCGCCGCGUCACGUGCCCAACUGGCCGCACACUCGUCUGGCCGCCUCUUGCGGCGGCAUUUUGAAGAAAUCCUUUUCCAGCCACCAAAUUCGUUCGACGACCACCCCUCCGGCUCUGGUCGGUGGCCUCCUCCUCAACAACAGCAACGACUUUGGACUGUCGCGCACCAAAAGUUCGUCCGCUUUCGGUCCAUCUGCCGUUCCUCCUCCCAACUCUCUGCCCCUAAAAUUAACGCUGACCGGAUUGAAACCGGAUCAUCUGACAAUCCCCAAUGCGACAGCGUCGCAUUACGUGGAUGCGCCCGGCCCGACCUUGGUCGGCCUAGUGGCCCGCAACGUCAUGUCGUCGGCCCACUCGACGGCGGGCAGCAGCAGCAACAACAGCAUUGCCAGUUCGGCUCUCAAUUACGCGGCGGCCAAUUUGAAAGCGACGGCCUCGCCGUCGGAUCACUCGCCCACCAGUUUGCUGAUGAAGAGCGUCUCCUCCUCGCGCAUCGUCACCGGGGCUAAACAGCAACUGGAGAGACCCAAGAGUCUGAUCAUCAACACGAACGUGAACUCGUUGGCCGCGCCCGACAUAUCGCCGGGAAUGUUGCGUCGCAACCCGUCGCUGGGCACGAAACAGUUCGAAGCGUCUCUGUCGCCCGACAGCGCCGAGAAAAAGCAGCGAGAAAUUUUGCAAUUUUUCGGCACGGCCUCGUCCUCGGCUUCGGCUUCGGGGCCGCCCGUCUCGGCCCCGAUUGCGGCCCCGAUUGCGGCCAAGGAUCGGGGCACGUCGUCGACCAGUGCGAGUCCAAAACCAAACAGUUGCGUCACGAAAACAGCCGCCAGUCGCAGCCGAUCGGUGCUGACGAGCCGCCAGUUUUCAUUGGACAACAACUCUGGUGGCAGUGACGUGGACGAGUUGUUCAAUCAGUUUCUGGCCGACCAAAUUCUCAGUCCGGAAGCAGCCGGCCACCGUUCGGUCCAUUCGAAUGAAAACCCUUUGAGCCAUCAGCCGGUGGCCGACCAGCAGCGCCGCCAGCAUCAGCAGCAGACGAGUCGAAACGCAGUCGACCAUCGGCACUCGAGUGCGCCGGCCAAGAACGAGACCGGCCCCAGCAAAUUCGCCGACCGCCGACGGGCGUGGGAGGCGUCCACCUGCGCCAGCAUCACUUUGCAUUCGAGUUUGAUGAUGAGGCCGUCGGAGAGCAGCAACACAUCAAGUCGUCCGGCUGACGUGAUCCAGCGCAGCAGCAACAACAACGCAUUCGGCUCGUCGACCGUCCAGUCCAAAACUGAAGUGACAAUGACGCGUCAGUCGAAUUUCACUCGAUCCGGUCAACCCGGUCAGUCGGCGUUCAGCAAAUUCCAGCAACUGGAUCAAUCCGUCAAAUCGUCGACGAGUGGUAAUAGCAUUGCAACAGCGACUGGUGGAUUUGGUGGUGUGGCGCUACUCGGUGGCCAGCAAUUCGAAACGAAACCAACCAGCCGGCCAACGACACCGAAUUUCUUGACGGUACCCGCCAGUCCGAGGCCCCGUCUCAACACGGCCGAAAUCAAAGAGAGGAUGCUUAAUUUUUGCAAACGAGCCACCGCAGACUAUCAGGUCAGCUCCUCUUAUCAAUUAAGCCUCCAUCCAUUUACACACACACAGACACACACAGACACAUUUUUCAUUUAGUCCUUGGCCUCCAAUCAUAAUAUGAUGUUUGGAUUUUAAUUCAUUACUCAAAUGUUAAUUCAUCUAUCCAUCCACGUGAUUUUUUAUUUUGAUGGUGGUGGACCCUCAAAACUUUAUAUCUUUUCUUUUCGGCUCUUUUUUUUUUUUCUUCUUCUGACUUUUUAUUUUAUUAUUAUUUUUUUAUCUCUGCGCUAUCAGCUGAUUGUGACGAUAUUUUCCUCCUCCCAAUAUUUCUAAAACAAAAAAGCUUCUUUUUUUCUUAUUUUUCAAAAUUGUACUAUUAUUUUAUUGCGUUUUUUUUUGUGGAAUUUGAUUUAUUAUCUAUUCGUCACCUUUCAUUAGGAACCAAAAACAAAAAAAAAAAAAAAAAUAGAAGAAAAAAGAAAAACAGUUGAUUGAUGGGGUGUGUGUGUGCCAAUACAUUGUCGCAUUGCUUGA